UGCUUCAUCGAGAGUGUGGGACUAUUGCAAUAGCCCUAAUCGUCUACGAGCAACACCUAGCUUUGUUAUCGUGAAGAAGAGAAAAGAAACCAAAUCAUGACCUUCACUCUCUCUGAUAAAUCCAUAUAUUAUCAACCAUGUCCCCGCUCUUCCUUACGUGCUUGAUCUCUCACGAGGCAUCUUGGAUCGCGAAUCGCUUUACUCGAUUUCGUUUUCGGUUUCUCCGGCCGUAGAUAUUUUCUCGACGAUAUUGCCCUUUUCUGUCAUAAGUUUCGUUUCGGGUUUUGAAUAUCGUAAAGAUGGAGCCUACGGAUAUUGUUGGUAAAUCCAAAGAGGAUGCUUCGCUCCCUAAAGCAACUAUGACCAAAAUUAUUAAAGAGAUGUUACCUCCAGAUGUUCGUGUUGCAAGAGAUGCUCAAGAUCUUCUGAUAGAGUGUUGUGUAGAGUUUAUAAACCUUGUAUCAUCAGAGUCCAAUGAAGUAUGCAGUAGAGAGGAGAAGCGGACGAUUGCCCCUGAGCAUGUACUCAAGGCCUUAGAGGUUCUUGGAUUUGGAGAGUACAUCGAGGAGGUCUAUGCUGCAUAUGAGCAACACAAGCUUGAGACAAUGCAGGACUCGUUAAAAGGUGGUAAGUGGAGCAAUGGAGCUGAGAUGACCGAGGAAGAAGCGGCUGCCGAGCAACAAAGGAUGUUCGCCGAGGCACGGGCAAGAAUGAAUGGAGGGGCUAUUGCGCCUAAGCAACCAGAAACUGAUGGAAGUUUAGAGAGCUAACCUUUUUAGGUCUUUUAUUUUAUUAAAUCAUAGGCAAGCAUCCUUGACUCGUCACGUUUUGUGCAUCUAAUCUCUUAUAUAUUGUACAAAAAUCAUUGGCCUAUGUGGAUAUGCACACUUCGAUUUGUACUUCAACUUAUGGAUCAUGAUGUCUAUAACUCAAUGUAAUUAGCGCAAGUUCGUCCAAAA